AUGGCUAAUCCCAGUACUGAAGGUCACCCUGGGAACGAGACUGAAGGUCUGCAUCCUGGAAACCCUGGGAACGAGACAGAAGGUCUGCGUCCUGGCCACCCUGGAACGAGACUGAAGGUCUGCACCCUGGGAACGAGACUGAAGCUUUGUACCCUGGCCACCCUGGGAACGAGACACACAGCAGGGAGGACCAGAGAAGUGCUAUCGCUGACAUUGUCGGACAGCAUUGCAGAGAAGAGCAAGCUCCAUGCGUGGGGACAGGAUCCUGACGAAGCUCUACUUCAAAACAAGACAACAGACACGGGCGGACAGCGGGACAGGGAAGGGCGAGAUUCGUGCCAGGAGACGUUUUAUUGGGAGGUGAAGAAAACUGGCUCAACAUCGCAGCUAGAACAAGGGAAAAUCCUGAAGCCAGAGCUCAAUACUGAGAAACCCUACAUGUGUUGGGAGUGUGGGUUCCAAUGUGACUAUUCUGCAGCACGGAAGGACCAUUUGGAUAUUCAUCUAUUGAAACACACAGAUGAGAAACCCUACAUGUCACGGAAACACGAUUUGGACAUUCAUCUAGUGAAACACUCUGGUGAAAAACCCUACACGUCACAGAAAUCUACUUUGGACCGACAUCUGAGACAACACGUUGGUGAGAAACCCUGCAUGUUUGGCAAUGUGGGUUCAGCACAAAUGAAACUAGAGUUCCACGACCUCAUACCUUCACCAAAUGAAAAAGAAUGGCCAGUCCCAGCUGUGGAGGUUCUACUGAAGAUCUGCGUCCCAGCUACUCGGAGAACGAGAAUGGAGAAAGGCAAUUUUGACUCCCACCUAGCAACACACACCGGUGAGAAACCCUACAUGUGUGGGGAGUGUGGGUACAGGGCAGCUCACAAGUCUGACUUGUCCAGACAUUUGAGAACUCAUACUGGAGAAAAGCCAUACGAGUGUGGGGAGUGUGGGUACAGGACAACACACAAGUCAUAUCUAUCCAAACAUAUGCGAACUCAUACUGGUGAAAAACCAUAUAAGUGUGACCAGUGUGACUAUUCUGCAGCACUGAAAUCCAAUAUGGACAUUCAUCUAUUGAAACACACCGGUGAGAAACCCUACAUGUGUGGGGAGUGUGGAUACAGGGCAGCUCACAGGUCUGACUUAAACAGACAUAUGCGAACUCAUACCGGAGAAAAACCCUACAAGUGUGACCAGUGUGACUAUUCUGCAGCACAGAAAGGCCAUUUGGACUCCCACCUAGCCAAGCACACCGGUGAGAAACCCUACAUGUGUGGGGAGUGUGGGUACAGGGCAGCUCACAAAAAACCCUUCAAGUGUGACCCGUGCAGCUAUUCUGCACCACAGAAAUUCCCUUUGGAUGACCAUGUGAAAAAACAGCUGGAGAGAAACCCUAAUGUAUGA